AACCCUCAAGCCUCAAAUACCUCGCCUUCCUGCCGCCCAUUGCCGCCCUUACAAGUAAGGACUUCCCAAUCGACACUUGUCAGAAUUGCCCGCGAUGGCUAGCUCAUUAGCCUUUCCGAACGGCCAUGGAGUCAUAGGGCUAUCUCCUCGCGCGCGCUUCUCCGACAUUCCGCGAAGUAUCGAUAUUCCAGUGUCCGCCGGAGACGAAGACGAGGAUGAUGAGAACGCCGUUGUGGAAGUGGACCCUGACGCGCUCCCCGAGGAUCCGACGGAGCUGUGUACUCUUCUUGAGAAUGAAAGAUCCCCUAAACAGUAUUGGAUGUAUAUCGCUCUUGCAUAUGCGAAACACGACAAAGUUGAUAUUGCGAUUGAAAUAAUUACUAAAGGGUUACAAGCCAAAACCCACGAACCAAUGGCUGAGAGAUUGCCAAUGCUCCAUCUCCUCACAUGGCUGUAUCUGGAGCGCAGCCGUGAAGCUGCGAAAAACGUGGCUGAAGGGUCUGCUUUGAUCUCUGAGGCAAAAACGAAGGAUCACUAUCUUCAGCUUGCGACUCAAAUACUCAACGAGUCCUCACGCCUGGACCCUGCUUCAACAUUGGUCACUCUUGCCCGUGGUGUAUACUCUGUAUUCAAGGCAUCCGUUGGUACAGUAGAUAAAAACACCCAUAUGGACAAUGCGGCAAAAAUAUUUGAUGAUGCCGUUCGAACUUCACGGGCGACCAAUAUGCUUGCGAUUAUGGGAAGAGCGAGAGUUUUGUAUGGAAAAGGGAGAUAUGAGAGAGCACUCGAAUCGUAUCAGGAGGUAUUGACCAAGAGGCCGGAUAUGGAUCCUGAUCCGAGGAUAGGAAUCGGAUUGUGCUGUUGGCACUUGGGGCACAAGGACGACGCCUUGGUGGCAUGGGAGCGUGCGCUGGAGUUGGACCCCAAUUCCAAAUAUGCUCAUAUACUAAAGGCGUUAUACCAUCUUCAUGUCACCUCAAAUUUGUCAGAAUACGACCCUGAAUUCAUCAACAAUUACCGUUUGGUGAUUGAGCAUACCCAGAAGGCAUUUAAACUCGACAAGCAAUUCCCACUAGCGUGCACAACAUUUGCCAGCCAUUUCUUUAUCAAGAAAGGAUAUUCGCAGUGUGAGCUUCUAGCUAAGAAAGCUAUCGAGUAUAGUGAUGUUGCAGCUGUUACGGCUGACGGAUGGUUUUCACUCGCAAGAAAAGCACAUGUCGAGGGAGAAUAUGAGAAAGCAUUAGGACAUUACAAGAGGAGUGAUGCAUUACGGGAAGGAUAUCUCCCGGUAAAGCUCGGGAUUGGACAAGUCCAGAUCCUGAUGAAAGACCUUGGCGCAGCGAAGUACACCUUCGAGGCCAUUGUUCAGGUAAAUCCAAAGUGCAUUGAGGCAAGAUCGAUACUGGGGACUCUCUAUGCAGAUGAGGUUCUCUCCGCCAUCCCACGAACCGGCUUCUCUGCUUCAAAAGAAGAUGUUACAGUUCUACAUAGAAAGGCUAUCAGUCUUCUUGAGAAUGUUCGAUUCACAUGGAAGGCAGAGGCUAAAAAGAAUGACGCCCAUCACGAAACCAUCCUCUUGUCUCUAGCACGGCUUUACGAAAACGACCAGCCCGAGCGAGCACUCCAAUGCUUACUGCAAGUCGAAGAGAUAUAUAAAUAUUUGAUAGAUAAUGGAGAUGAUGUUAUGAUACCUCUUCAGUUGACAAAUAACAUUGCAACCCUCUACUGGCAAAAGGGCGAAUACAACACAGCUCGGACGUAUUAUCAGAAUGCUCUGAACGCAAUUCCAGAGCUAAAAGAAAAGGACGACGCUGCCGAUACUGAUGCUCUCGCUACCACACUGACCUACAAUUUAGCCCGAUGUGAAGAAGCUGCUGGCAAUAUCGAGGAGGCAGUCAAGAACUACGAGAAGCUCUUGGCCUAUCACGAUGACUAUGUUGACGCGAAUAUGCGGUUGGCUUAUUUGGCCCUUCGACGUGGUGCAGAGGAUGGUCAUAGGAGGAUCCAGAAGUUAAUGCAGACAGACGGAAACAAUCUCGAGGUUCGAGCAUUAUACGGUUGGUAUCUCGGACGCCAAAAGCGCAAGCAUCCGAUUGUUAUCUCGGAUGAUCCGGAGCAGAGGCAUUACAAGCAUACUCUUCAGAACCACGAAAAACACGACCGUUAUUCCCUCAUUGGAAUGGGCAAUAUCUACCUUCUUGCUGCGCGGGAUAUCAAAAAGGAAAACGAGCAGGAGAGGGAGAAGCGGAGAAAGCUUUACGAGAAGGCUGUCGAGUUCUUUGAUAAGGCUUUGCAAUUAGAUCCAAAAAAUGCGUACGCAGCCCAAGGGAUAGCAAUUGCUUCUGUCGAAGAUCGGAAGGAUCUCAAAACCGCCAUCAGCAUGUUCUCCAAAGUCAAAGAGACCCUCUCGAAAGAUGCGCACUCACUAGUCAACUUUGGACAUUGUCUUGCUGGAUUGGAUCAGUGGGCCAGAGCCAUCGAGAACUACGAGUCGGCUCUCACAAAGUUUCAAUUGGCUAAAGACCCAACCACAUUGACUUGCCUCGGAAAAGCAUACUUCUCCAAGGGUCGGAAGGAACGAACGACUGAACCUGAGAAGUCUAUGGAAAGCUUCAAGAACGCUCUUGAUUACGCUAAGCGAGCUCUGGCGAUAGCACCGGAUAACGUGAUGUACAUGUUCAAUGUAGCAUAUGUACAAUUCCAGAUUGUCCAAUUCAUCAUGAGCUUGCCGGAAACUUCACGCAGCCUUGAAGAUCUUGAGGCUGCUUCUAAAGGACUGGAAGAGGGAAUACAAUCUUUCUCAGAUAUCGCACGGUCCAACAACCCCCCAUACCCAUCCUCAGAAAUCGAGGCACGGUCCACCAUGGGCAAGAACACUUUCCGCAAGCAAAUGGAAAGAGCAAUUCAGAAGCAACGUGAGUACGAAGAGAAGAACCAAGCCAAAUUGGCCGAAGCAAGGCGCAAGCGCGAGGAAGACCUCCGACGCAAAAGGGAAGCCAAAGAAGCAGAAGAACGCGAGAUCGAGAAGCGUAACAAAGCUAUAGCAGAUCAGCGCAAGAAGAUGCAAGAAGAAGCAAGAGAAUUCGCAGAGAGGAAGGCAGAAGAAGAACGCAUCCGCGAGGAGAACUCUGAUGGCGAGAAGAAACGGAAGAGAUCGUCAGCUGCUGGGUCAAAGUCUAGAUCUACCCGCAAACGCGGUAGUAAGAAGGACGGAACAAUAGACUCCGACUCCACCUCCGAACCUUCUCGUCGCAGGAGCAAGUCGAAGUCUGCCAUCACAGACGACGACGAACAGAAGCCAGCUAGGAAGCGCAAAAAGCUAACGCGUAGAGCAUCCCCAACUAAUAAGGGCAAGUUCAAGUCUUCAGAGGUGGUCAACCCCAGCGAUGACGAGGACGAUGACGACGAUAUCCCCGCCCCACCUCUCGUCCCCCUUCCCGAAGCUUCUGAGGAAGGGGGUAAGAAGCGUAAGCGUAAGCCUGCCAGGGCUAUUGAUAGCGGAGAUGAUGAGGAUUUGGAGGAUGUAAACGAAGAUUUAUUCGGGGACGACCCUAGUAAGACUAUCGGGGGGUCUAAGGAUGGUGAGGAUGUGGAGAUGCGGGACAGAGCUCCUACUCCUGGAGUCGAUGAUGAGGAUUGAUCGAAUUGUCAAGGUUUCUUUUUUUCAAUUUUUUUUUCUCACUUUGCUCAUGUUAGCUUUCAUGUCUACCUCCGUGUAUUGUGCCCCCCCUCAUUCCUCAUCUAAAAAUAUGCGGAUGUAUUCGUUAGUCCAGUUAAUGGGUAGAUAGCAGCUACACUUACUCUAAUCCAACAUCCGUUAUUAUCUCUCCCUCUAAUUCUUUACCUUGCCUAUUUCUUUUUUGCUACUAUUCUGUAGUUGACAUGGUAGCUCUCAUGAAUAUCAUACAGAAAUCGUAUCAAAAAA